AUGAUGGAAUUACAUAUCAAUUCUUCAAGAACUGCAAUUUAAAAGACUUUUGAUGUUAAUAAAAAACUAGGCUGGGCUAAAUUAAUAACAUUAAAUAAAGUACACCCGGAUAUACCUAAGAAAGAAUUAUUUAGACCUCUAGUUAUUUUGAGUCCAUUAUUUUAACUCUUGGAACUAAGAUUUUACAAUUAAUUAUAAAAAUAUAUGAAAGCAUUUGAAACCUUAAACUACAUAAUUGAACAUAUACAUGCUUUUAGAUUGGUCUCUAGUGCCUACAAUCCAAUUAAAGGAGAUAAAAUUUAUGAAGUUCUCAAAUUUGAUAGAAUACUUUAAUCAGAUGAAGCUGAUUUUUUCAAAGCGUUGCACAGCAGGAUCCUAUUUAUUACUACAUACAAUAAGAUAUAAAUGUUUUAAUUUUCUCAGGGCGUUCCACAAGGUUCGCCAAUAACUCCAGCAUUAUCCUGUAUUACUAUAAUUAUUAUUAUUAUAUUAGAUUAUAUAAUUUCCAAAAAAAGACCCAAUGUGAUUUUUCGAUGA